GAUCCUGGGCUUCUCUGCCUGGGCCAUGGAGCCGUGUCUGCGCUCUCUGUUUUUGUUGGGGACCCUGGUCCUGCCGGAGACCUGGGCAGGCUCUCACUCCAUGAGGUAUUUCGAAGCCGCCAUGGCCUCGCCGGGGCUCGCGGAGCCGCGGUUCAUCGAGGUGGGCUACAUGGAUGAUCAGCAGUUCGUGAGCUUCGACAGCGCCCGCGCGAGUCCGAGGAUGGAGCCGCGGGCGGCGUGGAUGGAGCGGAUGGACCGGGAGGAGCCGGGCUGCUGGGAGCGGAACACGCGGCGCAGUGAGGCCAACGCGCAGGUGUACCGAGUGAACCUGAAGCACCUCGGCGGCUACUUCAACCAGAGCGCGGCCGGGGUCCACACCCUCCAGGCCAUGUUCAGCUGUGAGGUCUCUCCCGAGCUCACCUUUCAGCGCGGGUUUCUACAAUACGCCUACGACGGGCGCGACUACAUCGCCCUGGACACGGAGACCUACACGUGGAUGGCGGCGGUGCCGCAGGCUGUGAGCUCCAAGCGCAAGAUGGAGGCGGAGAGGAGAAUCGCGGAGGCAUAUAAAGCCUACCUGGAGAAGGAGUGCGUGCUGUGGCUGAAGAAGUACCUGGAGAUGGGGAAGGAGACGCUGCAGCGGGCAGACCCGCCCUCCGCCCGAGUGACCCGCCACACUGCCCCCCACGGGGAGGUGACCCUGCGGUGCCGGGCCCAGGACUUCUACCCCGCUGACAUUUCCCUGACCUGGCUGAGGGAUGAGGAGGAGCAGCUCCAGGACAUGGAGUUCAUUGAGACCAGGCCGGCAGGAGACGGUACCUUCCAGAAGUGGGCAGGUGUGGAUGUGACCUCGGGCCAGGAAGAGAAAUAUACCUGCCAAGUUCAGCACGAGGGACUGCCUGAGCCCCUCACCCUGAAGUGGGAGCCAGAGUCCUUCUCCACCCUAGUCAUCGUGGGGGUCAUUGCUGUUCUCCUCCUCCUCAUUGCAGUUAUUGCUGGAGUUGUGAUCUGGCAGAGGAAGAAUUCAGGUGGAAAAGGAGGGGACUAUGUUCCUGCUUCAGGCAGUGACAGUGCACAGGGAUCAGAUGUCUCUCUCCCGGCCAAAGCUUGAGGAAUUGCCUGGUGUGGGCCUGAGGAAGAAAACCAGUCUGCAGUCCCUGUGUUGUUCCUGUGGACCCCUGGCUUCUCUCCCCAGCAUGGCCCGUGGGAUCUUCCCUGGACUCUACUGGCCCAAGCCCAGGAAGGCAUCGUGAGGACCCUCACCCUGUUCUCUAAGGCCUCCCUCCUCCUUCCUUCUUUCUGCCUGUCUCACUCUGUAGAGACAACCAGCAGUGAGGGCCAGAGGGCUUUGGGAGUGAACCCUCCUUCACACAUGGUGUUGCACUGACGUUUGGGAGCUUUUUCUGACUGCAAAAACAGCCCAAUGAAUUAUUGCCCUUGAAAUUUCAGCUUUUCUCCCCAAUCUCAGCUAAGCUUCACAUUUGGAUGGGGGAUUUUGGGGGACAGAAUGACAAUGUGGAGAUGUUGUGGCCAUAUGAUGGGAAAAUAAAUGAAAGGUUGGAGACGUCUGA